UGACUGAAGCAGAGUUAAGCCCACGAGAAAGUCAGAUGUAGGCCGGAACGCCGAUGAUAUUGCCUUCAAAAUAAGAACAAGUGACGGGGGUGCAGGAGAAGUUUUCUCUAGCUUCGCCUUCUCCACUUCAUCAUGGAGGCCCAGGCACAUUUCUCCCGUGAGGAAAUCAACAGCACGGUGUGGGAAGUCCCCGAGAAAUACACACGGCUCAAACAGAUAGGGACCGGGGCGUACGGCUCGGUGUGCUCAGCAAUAAAUGAGAAGACUAAAGAGAAAGUGGCCAUCAAGAAGCUCCACAGGCCAUUCCAGUCAGAGAUCUUUGCUAAAAGAGCCUACCGAGAGCUCCGACUGCUCAAACACAUGAAGCAUGAAAAUGUGAUCGGACUUCUCAAUGUGUUUACACCUGCCUCAAGCCUUGAUGAAAUGCAAGAUUUCUACCUGGUGAUGCCUUAUAUGUUCACAGACCUUUCGAAGGUGCGAGGUCAUCUCUCAGAAGACAAAGUCCAGUUUCUUGUCUACCAGAUGCUCUGUGGACUCAGGUACAUUCACAAGGCUGGAAUCAUCCACAGGGAUCUUAAGCCUGGAAACUUGGCUGUAAACCAGGACUGCGAACUGAAGAUCCUGGACUUUGGGUUGGCUCGCAGUACUGAUGCAGAGAUGACGGGCUACGUGGUGACCCGUUGGUACCGGGCACCUGAGGUCAUUCUGAACUGGAUGCACUACACCCAGACUGUGGACAUCUGGUCUGUGGGCUGUAUUAUGGCAGAAAUGAUCAAUGGAAAAACUCUCUUCAAAGGGAAAGACUACAUGGACCAGCUGACUCAGAUCAUGAAAGUGACUGGAGUACCAGGACCAGAAUUCAUACAGAAGCUGGACACUCUGGAGGCCAAAAAUUAUGUGAAGGCCCUUCCUCGCUAUCCCAGGAAAGACUUCUCAACAUUGUUCCCAAGAGCCAGUGCAAUGGGUAUCGACCUGCUGGAGAAGAUGCUGGUUCUGGACGGAGACGAGAGGCCCACAGCCGAAUUAGCUCUGGAGCAUCCAUAUUUCGACACACUGAGGGAUCCAGAAGACUUUCCUGAGCCUACGCCAUAUGAUGACAGCCAUGACAACGACACACUGACCCUGGAUGAGUGGAAGCGGUUAUGUUUCAGAGAGGUGAAAAGCUUCGUGCCAUUCCCCCGGCGGGACUCCAAGAGGAAAAACACCCUGACUAUGUCUCCUUGACCGAAUGAAUGUCUUACUGAUGCCCCAAUUUACACAGCAUACAGCCGAUGGUGCCCUUGUAUAUGCCAACCAUGGUUUCACUCUAUUUCUUUUACCCUGGAUAUGUUUAGAUGUUGAAUCAGUGUUGAGAGAGUGAAAACUGACAUACCUUUUUUUUAUGUGCAAUUGUUUCCUAAGUGUAUUUUGCUCUUCAUGUUACACCUUCUUUAUCAGUGGAUUGUCUUGCAAAUUUAUUAUGACCAAAUGUCACAGGGUUUACUGUAAGAUUUACUGUAAUACUGUUUUCCAAUUAAACAAUAAGUUUUGUCUUUGCAACAAAUGUUGCUGGCAAAGACAGACUACAACAAAA